AUGGAUAUCGACGGUAUGACGCUUGCCAACAUAUCUGGCUAUCCUAAUGUUUCCGACAUGCUUGUUACGGAAAAUUAUGGUUACAGUCAUAUUCUAGACUGGCCAGAACUUCAGAACCUGAUCGUCCGUUCCAGUUCUUUUGGAUCGGCUGGGGAUUCCGGGAUAAUCCCCGUCUCAUCCUCUUCUGACGGGAGAUUCCUUUCAACCUAUCUUGGUCCCAUGGCCGACAGGGCAGACUCGCUGCAGCUAAGCCAACCGGCUUCGAAUUCGAUUGAUCCGUUCACUCCCUCCCAAUGUCCCGACAUUUUCAAGUCUUCCUCCACCAAAGUCGAUCAAAAAGCCAAAGAGAAGCUCUCUCCGGCCUCAAACAAGAACGAAAUUCUUGCGACCAAGAGGAAGUCAACAAGAAUUCGAAGACAAAACCGCUCGUGUGAUCCUUGCCGCUCGGCGAAAAGGGCAUGCGAUUUGCCCUUCAAUCUCGUUAUCUCAAACAACCUUCCUUUAUCGCCGUGUUCCAUGUGCAAAUUACGGGGCAUGGAUUGCACAGCUGCAUGGCGUUCGAGCAAGCAAUCCGUCCGUCAUGGCAAUGAGCGUGCGCCUCCUCCAUUCAUUGACGGCCAUGAUACCGACGGCGGUCCUGAUGCCAUCACAGAACGCAUCGAUGAUUCUCUUCCCCCCACAUCGCCAACUAGUUUAUCGUGCAACGAGUGUGCUCUAGUCUCCCGUAUGAUGGCCAGCGAGAUAUGGUCUCAGAGAUUGGCAGUAUACAUUGACAUCUUUGAUAUCCCUGUUUCAAAGCUUCUUUCACCAAGGUGCAUGCCUCCUUGCUACUCUUUGGGAAUUGCUGCCUUAAGAUCAUUGAGCCAUAAUUCACAAUUGGCUGCACGAAUCAACCAAACCCAACUGAGCAUCAGAAGUAGCUGGAAAAUGAAUUCACCCCCACAGUCACAAACUUCUGCUGUACCAAAUUUGUUUGUUGCUGCUAGCAUUCUUGAUAUGUUAUUUCAACGCACGCAGUCUUGUCCCGAAGAUGCGCGAUUGUCAUCGCGCGAUGAUAUCUUGACUGAAACGUACAAGUGGGUCGCCGUUGCGACCGGAUCGCAAUUUGCUGUUCGUGAAUAUAGCGCCGAGAACAUCGCAAAGUCUCAGCAACAAGUUAGAGACAUUGCAUAUGCUACAUGGCGUAAAGCAAAAGAUAUGGUAUUCACGAAUAUUGCGGCAAGAAAAUCAUUCCGUCUAGGACUGUCACUACUUCUCUUUGGAACAAUUUUACCACCCACCAAGACUGACCAGAGCCAUGAGUUUCAAGAUGAUGCUGCCUAUGCGUUCCACGAAGGCAUUUGUCGCCUCCAAACACUAUGCACUGAAGCACGUGUCAACCUUCGUUAUGGUAAUAAUCAGCCGGAUAUAAUUACACCUUUAAUGGGACGGUGUCAUUCUGCGAGAAGUCCACCUCUGUCCCAAAAUUUGUCCACCGACGAAUACGAAAAAGUUCUAGAGCUGAUCGCAGCGCUUGAAUGGCUCAUUGAGAUGUCUCAAUCAGUAGCAAUUGCACUUUUCCCAUAUCGGAGCUUUACCGUCGCACCGUCUAUUAUCGGCCUUAAGACCGGCAUCAAUCACCCAGUUGAGGACACAUUUCAAGGGUUGGCUAUGAAAGGUGUGGAUGAUGCCAUUAUUGCGCGGGUAAAGGCCGAGACCCAACCAGUGACAGUGCUAUGGUCCCAAGGCUCUCCGGAACAUCUUGUGCAGAAUGCACUGUAUGAGUCAGGAUCCCUCGUCGUCUUAUUGUGGAAAUCACUCGCUCGCUUAACUCUAGCAACACAAAAUGCCUGGAGCGAGACGGCCCACUAUGCAGACAUUCAACGGCAUUUCAAUACGAUGAUAAUGCUCAUUGAUAUAUGGAGAACCAGCUUUGGAACAAUUGAUCAUACCGCAGCUAAGAGACUGCAGCUAGCAACGACGGAUUUGCGGCGCAGUGUGAUAUUCUGCGCUACUGAUGGCGAUCUUGCAGUCCUACUCUUUCACGAGCUUUCCUGCCAAAUCGAGAAACAAAUGGUGGACCGAGCACAACUGCCAAAAGAUCCUUUCAAAGAAAAGUUGAAGCAAACCAGCAACUAUAGAAACUUACAACGGUUGACGAGCGCAAUGCAAAUUUCUUCCCUCUCAUCAACGUGUCAAGGGGUUUCAAGCCCUGGCUUUCAAGGGGAGGUCGGGCUUAAGGCAAACAUCGAAGACGUUAGAGCACAUCCGCAUCCUACUAUGGUGGUGCAAGCAUACAAACUAGCCGCCAAUGCUCUUGCAGAGGAGAUUCAGAACUCUGUUCCCACAGCUGAUACAAAACGUAUUUCAGAGUUGUCUAUUGGGCUCCAGAAUUGUCUACGGGAGCUGCGCGGGCUUCAGAGUACUCUUGUCAUGUAUCCAUCUACAGAUUGGGGCGAUGGAAAUUUUAAUUCCCCCUGA